AUGCAGUUCAUGUUCAUAGUUGCCAUAGUAUUCGCUUCCAUGAGCGUCGCUAACGGGGAAGGGGUGUUGGAUGCUUCCACCGAGGCGAGUGCUGCACUUGUAGCCGGUGCAGCCGAAGCUGUUGAGACCGAAGUUGCAGCUGCUCCACACUCUCCGAACGCCCCACCAGAGCAAGCACAGCCAGGUGAUGCAACCGUUGAGGACCUGUCUCGUGAGAGGAGUUCCCUUGAUGCGGUGUAUAAUGCGUCGGUGGCUCAACGGAACGCUUCCCAACAAGCUCUUCGAGAACAAGCAGGAGUGACCAGAAGAACAGCACUGCUGGCUGCACUGGCAGUUCUACUGUCUAUCGGCAUAUUUGUUCACAAGGCAAAAGCAGUGGGUUGCGAAAACAAAGCCAACAUGAGAGGACAAGAACCUUCGGGCAUGCGUGAACGCAAGUGUAUGAGUGGUUAA